AUGCAACCAUAACAAUUAAAAUAACAGCCUUAAUAAAUAAAAAAAAUAGAGGGUCCAUCUAUGAGUCCUUAUGGGAAGAUCAAGUUUGAGAAUAAGCAAUAGUAGAAUUCACCAAGCAUACAGAAAGAGAUUGGCUAAUAUGUGUAUAAUUUGAAUGAUGUGAUUGGGACUGGAGAAUUCAGUUCAGUCUAUAAAGGUCAGGAUUAAAAUACAAAUGAAACAGUGGCUAUCAAGAUUAUUGAUAGGAAAAGCAUUUAAAACAAUUAAAUUUUUCGAAAUUUAUUAGUUAAUGAAAUCAACAUCCUCAAGUCAGUUGAGAAUAAAUGCUUGCUUAAAUUAUUCAAUUACCUUGAAACAAUGAAUAAUAUCUAUAUCGUAACUGAAUUUUGUUCUGAUGGUGAUUUGCAAUCUAUAAUAGAAAAAAAAGGAUACUUGCCAGAACACAAUGCAGUGAAGAUUUUAAAACAUCUCAUUAAAGCAUUGCUUUAUUUAAAGGAAAGAAACAUUGUACAUAGAGACAUUAAGACAUAAAAUAUAUUAGUUUCAAAUCAAAUACCCAAAUUAGCAGAUUUUGGAUUUGCUGUUGACUUAAAUCAACCUCAAACAAGAGAAAUUUUAUAAAUAGGAACCCCAUUAUACAUGGCACCAGAAAUAUAUUCUCAUUAUCAAUAUACUUCUAAAACAGAUUUAUGGGCACUUGGUAUAGUAUUUUAUGAAAUGCUAUAUGGAAAGGUACCAUUCAAUGCUAAAAACCCUAAAGAACUUGAGCAAAUGUUUUAAAUGCAUAAAAAGAAUUAAACUAUUUAAUAUGAGAAUGGCCCCUAAAAAGUCACAGAGGUGGCCUAAGAUUUUAUAAAUUCCAUAUUAGUGAUUGAUCCUAAAUAAAGAUUUGAUAUAUCAUAGGCUGCCAAUCAUCCAUUGAUAUAAAACCCACACCCACAUGCAAACAAAUAAAAUUGAUGUAUUGUUAAUUAUAAUAAUCAAAUAUCUAUUGAAUAUAAUAAGAUAUAAUUAUUAUUCCAUUUUUUAAAAUACUGAUAA